GGUCCAGCUCAUAUCCCUUCAAAUGUAGCCAGGAGCAUUUAUUCUGCUACUUUGUAACUUAAUAAGAAACGGAAGGACUUUCUCUUUUCAGCUUCCCUGCUCCAGUUUCGGCAAUCGCCAUUUUAAAAGGUCUUUUUUACUUUGUUGAAUAUCCUUUGCGAAAUAAGUAUUAAUACUUGCAAUUUAGGGUCACAGGUCCAGAUCCAAAUCUCAUCAUCUUUAGUUAAUCUGUUAAAUAUCUUAAAAAGCUUGUCUUCGUAGCCUUGUUCUGCAAAAAGGCAGAAGUCUCCCAACGCCCGGAGCGGGCGGCGAGUGCUAUAGGGAGCUUCCUCCGCCCGCCCCCAAGAGUAAAAAAAAAAACCCUGGGGGCUACGGAGAGCUCUACCUACACUCACCUGCUCUAUCCCACAUUUCCUCCUGGAAAUGGGGUUUUUUGAGCCGCCUUUGCGCUGUACAGGCGGCUCUUUACAGGCGAAGGGGCUGGCGGUCCCGAGAGACCGUCUGGUGGCUACGAAGAGCAAACCGGAAGCCUCCUCCUCCCAGGUUUCUUGACAACAAACAAACAUAAAAUGAUGAAGGGACGGUAGUAGCUGGAAGAAUUGAGCUGAGAUAUCCAAAUUGCUGAACUGAGGUUUGGUAGUUCAGGCAUUGCCUGAAGAGCCAUGAAGAGCUGUUUCCUCCUGGUUGCUGCUUUUCUUCUCUGGCCAAGCUUCUCUUCUCAAAAUGUAUGUGAAGAACCAGAUGAAAUUGACUUUGGGGAAAUUGUGAGUACUGAGAAGGUCAAGUACCUGGAAAACGAUCGAGUACAAUACAGGUGCAACCCUGGCUAUGUCUUGGAAGGACCUGAAUGGAUUCAGUGUAAGGAACAAGAAUGGACACCACAUCCACCAAAAUGCUUGGCACCAUGCCGUAUCACAAGGCAACAGCUAGCAGCAAAAAAUUUGUUUGCAUUUGGAGGUCAGAGAAAAACUCGGUUUAUUCAAAGUAAUCAUAGCCUGCAAUUUCAGUGCAAUGAAGGAUAUGUCCUUGUGGAUCCAUCUGUCAGAAACUGUGUUGACGGUUACAUGGAGUUGCCUUUAUGUAUCUCUGAAAGAGGGCAAAACUGCAGUGGUCCACCCAGGACUGAGAACGGAGACAUUUCUACUUUAUCUGAGAAGCAAUACAGAUCUGGCUCUUCAGUAGAAUUCAGAUGCCAAAAAUAUUAUGCCAUGGAAGGUCAGAACAGAUCUUUCUGUGACAAUGGGACCUGGACAAAAGUGCCCAUUUGCCUCGAUCCCUGUAUGAUUCCCAAGGCUGAACUGGAAAGGCAGAAGAUAGAAGUUAAAGAUGGAAUGGAUGCAUCUGAAAAUACAUUUGUUCAACGUGGUCAUUCUAUUGAGCUCACCUGUAAAACAGGAUAUGUCCUUGCAGCAAAUGCUUCCCAAUCAGCUUCUGUAAUCCAUUGUAAUGGGACACCACCUGUAAUUCCUAAUUGUGAAGAAAUUACAUGCAACUCUCCAAGAGUAUUAAAUGGUUCUUUCCGACCUACAAAAAUAUAUAUACCAUGACGGGGAUCUAAUUCGAAUACAGUGUGACAGUGGAUUUACACUUGAAACAGAUUACGGAGGAAAGGUGGUUGAAUGCACAAA